UACACACUGACGUCCAAUUAGUUUCGGUCCCACAUCAGAAACGUCAUCAGUCACUUAUAUAGACUAACAAGGCCGCAAACAACUGCAUAUUGUAUUUUGAUAAGCAAGGACAAUGAAGUUGCAAAUUACUAUUUUGGUUCUGUGUCUAUUCUCAUUAACUUACGCUUAUUCUUACAAAAGGAGGAAAAACUGCGUGAAACGACCUAUGCCUUUCCCUCCUACUGUCCACUAUUAUAGACCGCAGUUUCCUCUCCCCCAGCCGAUGCCUUUUCCUCGAUGGCCGCAGUGGAAUAUACCUGCUCCUUCCCCCAUGGACCUGACGUUUUUUGAGAACAUAGAACAGCCUAUUGUUGACCCUGGUCAGAACUUGCCGCUGUUCCCUCAGCCUCAGCCGCCGAUAGAGACUAAACCGAUCAUUCCGGAUAAUUCCGGACCAGUAAUAAUUAAUCCGGUGGAUCCGGUAAUUGACGAUUCCGGACCGCUCCGCGGGGAUCUGGCACCGGGACGAGAUAUUGGACCACCACCAAAGAUCGGCAAACCUUGCAACUCCAUGAGUAACAACUGUGCGAUGGGUGAGGUGUGUAUGUACGUGGAUCAGUCGGUUGGAAACAACUUCCUGUGUCCCUCCGCUUCCGCCAUAUCGUGUACCUGUCAGCCAGGGUGCCGCCAUGGCGACCUGUUUAUUGCCCUCGGUAACACGGUGGCGGUGGAUCAGUGUGGAAGCAAGUGCUCUUGUUUGUCUUUGUACGGAACAGUCAGCUGUGAGAAGAAAGUUUGCUAGUCCAGAUUUCAACCAUUCUACACAUGGAUCACAAGAAAACCAAAGAUCUUUACAAUCUUAUUCAUGUAUUUUUGUCCUUGUUUUAAGCAUAUGUAAUAAACCCAUCAAAAUCAUAA